AUGUGCAUAGCCUUGCUGACCACUGCCCACCCCGACUACGCGCUCAUCCUGCUCGAUAAUCGAGACGAGUUUCUACUCCGCCCCACGUCCAGACCGCAUUGGUGGAAACACCCGAGGACGGGGCAGCCGGUGCUCUCGUCGCGAGAUCUCCAGCGCGCCGAGAAGGGCACAUGGAUGGGCGUCACCAAGACGGGCCUUUGGGCCGUGCUGACCAACUACCGCGAGGCCGAUGAUUCCCGCAAGGCCGGCGCCGGCGCCGGGACCGCUGUCCGCGGGACCAAGUCCCGGGGCGGCAUGGUGACGGCCUGGCUGGCCGGGCUGGGGGGCGGCGUCGGGGAAGGCGUGCAGCAGCUGGUGCGGGAGGACGGGGUCAAAGGCGUGGGCGGGUUCUCCAUGGUCUGCGGCAAGCUGCGCGGCAAGGGGUCCGGCGUGGCGAUGGUGAGCAACAGGGCCGGACGUGCGGACGAGGUGCCUCUGGCUGCGUGCCAGCGCGGCGAAACGCUGGGGCUCAGCAACACCGCCUUUGACGCCGAGGUGGCAUGGCCAAAGGUGGAGCUGGGCACGAGGCUGCUGCGAGAUGCGGUCCGGCAUGCCGUCGAGGCCGGGUCCAGCGAGGACCGACUCAUCGAGGACCUCUUCCGGCUGCUGGACACGGACACCUUUCCCGCCUGCGAGCCGGGCGUGCCCUUUGAGGAGAUGGCCAGGCUGCUGAGGCACACCAUCUUCGUGCCGGAGCUGGGCGACCGAGGCCACCGCGAGGCCAUGAGGGCGGCGAGGGCCAGGGGCAAGGCAGAGUGGGCCGAGGACCAGGGCUCGCUGAAGGCGGUCGAGGAGACGCCUUUCGGGAGGCAGGCCGAGGAGGAGGAGGUGGCGGCGGCGGCGAACGGGUUCGAAACGGGCACGUACGGCACCCAGAGGCAAACGAUGAUGCUGGUCGACCUGGGUGGGAGGGUCAAGUUUGUGGAACGAGCCCUGUGGGACGGCAACGGAAACAGCAUUCCCAGGGGGGAGGGCGACGCGGUGUUUGAGUUUCAAAUCGAGGGCUGGGCGGACUGA